AUGGUCACCACGGACCUUCCUCUGAUCCACGUCCUGUGCGAAGGGGGCCGAGAGGUCGCUCCGUUGCUUCAACACAUGCAGGAGUUCAGCUUGCAGGAAUUGGGCAACAUCGCGUGGUGCUAUGGGACUUUGCAGCUACAUGAUCCAACCGUUCUGGACGCAGUGGCAUCUCGAAGUGCUCUGCUGUUGAAGGACCCGGGCAUCAGCGAAGGGUUGGAUGGUGCCCAUUCCGUGGCCACGACCAUUCUGUGUUUGGUGCAGGCAUUUACAGACUUGAAAAUGUCUGACACAGUCCAGGAAUAUGCGACUGCGCUCCAGCAUUUGGCAGCCGAGAUGGACGAGAUGUCAACAAAUGCCAUGGACGCUGAGAUGUCACCUGUCAAGGAGGAAGAUGAUGACAGUUCACCAUCAGUUCUGCGGGAGAAUCCGCAUGUUCAACUCUUGUUCAAGCCGCCCUCUUGGGUCGUUGGUGGAGAUACUCCCGGCAAAGCAAGGUCCAUGGCUCGCUGGUUCCAGGCCCGAAGCUCUCAUGCCAUUGCCUGGGAUCCUGAAGCGGACUUCGGCUUUGUUCAUCGCUUGGACCGUGACACCUCCGGGCUCCUGCUCUGUGCGAAGACUUAUGUUGGAUACUUUGCUGCCAAGUUCCAGUUCAACAACCGUCGGGUGCAGAAGAACUACAUAGCACUGUGCCAAGGGCGGUUCCAAAAGGCGCCUCUGACGAUGGACUUCCCCCUUCGCACUACCGAAAUUGCACCAGGUAUUUCCAGAAGCCGUGUGGAUGAGAACGGCCAGACAGCUUUGACAGAGGUCUUGAAAGUGGUCCACCUGAGCGAUUCCCAGGAACAGGCUUGGAGCCUGCUGUCCCUCCGACUGCAUACAGGCCGAACCCAUCAAAUCCGAGCGCAUUGCAGUCAUAUGGGCCAUCCGUUGGCUGGAGACGAGGCUUAUGGUGGAAGGAGCCCAGCACCUUGCCGGGUGUUUCUACAUGCUUUUCGAUUGCAGAUCAAUCUCAACAUCUCAGGCGCUGCAUGGGACAUUGACGAAGAGAGUCCUUUGCCUCCAGACCUUCAAGAGGUCUUGGAGCAGUUGCAACCAGAGAGCUCGGCGGAUUCGGCGUCAACGCUGUUGCAGAGCUGCAGAGACAAAAAGAUUCGCACCAGGUUUUGCAGGUUCCUGC